AUGGAGGGAGCCGGGGCGCUGCUGGCCCGCUGCCCCGCCGGCGGGCUGGGCGUCACCGUCUGCGCCGCCGCCGCCGGGCUGCUGCUCUACCGCAUCGCGCGGAGGAAGAAGCCCACACACGUGACAGUGAACUGCUGGUUCUGCAAUCAGGACACGGUAGUGCCAUAUGGGAAUCGCAACUGCUGGGACUGCCCCAACUGCGAGCAGUACAACGGGUUCCAAGAGAAUGGAGACUACAACAAGCCCAUCCCUGCUCAGUACAUGGAACACCUUAACCACGUUGUGUCGGGUGCUACAACUUUCUGUGAUCCUACCAAACCACAGCAGUGGGUGAGCAGUCAGAUUCUGCUUUGCAAGAAAUGCAACAACCAUCAAACCAUGAAGAUCAAACAGCUGGCUUCAUUCUCACCAAGGGAGGAGGGCAAAUACGAUGAGGAGAUUGAGGUGUAUAAGCACCAUCUGGAGCAGACCUACAAGCUGUGUCGUCCGUGCCAGGCUGCUGUGGAGUAUUACAUAAAACAUCAGAAUCGGCAGCUCCGGGCGCUGCUGCUCAGCCACCAUUUCAAACGCCGUGAGACAGACAAGACCUAUACUCAGAGUUUAUGUUCAUCCUCCUCUUCUGCUUCCAUAACCACACCAGCUCAGGUGAUAUUUCUGCGGUUCUUGGCCUUCCUCAGCUGUGCGUUCCUGGUUCUGAUGGCUUUGUAUGGGUCAGGCGACCCCUUCUCGCUCAGUGUAGCAGUCCCUGCUCCUGUCUCCUCUGGUCCAGUGUCCAUUCAGAACAGGACUGGCACAAGCUCACGUGCAGACUUGGAAAAUGACACUUCCAUGACAGUGGUGGGCUGGCAGGAGCUGCUCCGUCUGCUCCCAGAACAGAUGGUGGAGAACCUGAGUGCCGCAUGGGCUUACGGGACAAAUCACCAGAUGGCAGUUGCUGUCCUUGGGCUGUUCACCUGCCUGUUGGCCAUGUUCUUAGCUGGGCGGAUCAGGCUCCGGAGAAUUGAUGCGUUUGCUUCAGUCUUGUGGUUCGUAGUGAUGAGUCUGCAUUUAGCCGAGAGGUACCUGAAGAUGGAAACACCCAGCUGGCUAGACACAGCUAAAUUUGGCACCACAUCCUUGUGCUGCUUGGUGGGCUUCACCGCAGCAGUGGCUACGCGGAAAUCAACGGGCCAUAGGAGAUACCGGCCCCGAAGGUACCUUUCUGGGGAUUCGAUUACUCUCUUCCCCAGCAGCACUGGGACUGGCUUCCCGUCCUCUGCUACGUCUCUCUUUGUCCCAACACCACCCAGUAUUCUCCAGCUGACAAACCAGCAGCUCUUCAGAUCCCCACGCAGAACUUCUUCUUCCUCUCUUCCUGGUCGUCUCAACAGGGCACUCUCACUGGGUACCAUCCCCUCCUUGGCCAGAGCAGAUUCUGGCUACUUGUUCAGCGGAAGUCGACCAGCCUCGCAGUCGUCUGGUGCAUCAGGUGCAUCAGGUGCAUCAGAGCACUUCUCCCUGCUGUCCGGCAGCUGUGCUCCCUCCCGCAUCCCCUCUCCAGCACCGUCGGUGGCUGGCUCCGUGACUUCCAGCUCAGGUUCCUUGCGGUACCGCCGGCCACUCAUCAGCCCUGCCCGCCUGAACCUGAAAGGACAGAAGCUGCUGCUUUUCCCAUCUCAGAAUGAGGCUCUGCUCACCCCAACUAGCUCAGAGGAACACACCCACUCAGACAGCAACAUCUUUGCCACCGAGUUGUCCUCCUUUCCAAAGAAGAACCUCAGCGAGCGGGGAAUGCAUGAUAUGAGAUCUACUAUGGAAAGAGGGAGUAUUUGCAGUGAUAAUUCCAUCAAAAAAGAGGAUCGCUCAUCACGCUCAUCUACCUGUGUGGUAGAUACAACUACCAAAGGGGAAGAUUUGGCAGGCUGGAGAGGUCGUUUUGGUAACUCCACUCUCCGAGGUCUGCUAGCCGUGAGUCUGACUCUCAAUGCUAUCUUCACAUCGGCCUAUGUCUACCAGAGCCUGCAUUGAUUUGUGCCAACCUUUCUUUGUGGUUCCAUCUGCUUCUGAGGAGUCAAGAAGAAUUCAACCGCGGUUUCAUGUCUAAUGGUCGUGUCACUGGUGCAUGCUGUUUUUUAAAAAACUACUGUAUGCUCAACUGUCACGACAAGGAACCCAGGUAGCUACUGCCAUCACUUCCAGGUGGAACAUAUCCCAGGAUUAUCCCUUGAAGUGGCAGGCAGAAUUCCCAGAAAGCUCCAGUUCAAAGCAACAGGCCGGUCAAGUGGCCCAUGCACUUUCUUUCAAAGGAACUGACCUGAGACACAAACCUGAAAAUGUGUAAGCUGCGUUUUUAGGAACCUGUCCCCAGCUCUUCUUUCUGACAUAUUAACCUCGUGCUGAUGGUGCUGG